AUGGAGUAUAGCAUGCGGACUAGCUCUCAAAGUGCUGCUGCUGAAGACCCGCUUGCAAAUUUACAGUCACUACAGGAUCAGCUGACAAGAACUGAAAAAAAACUACAAACCGUAGAGGAAGAACUUUGCAGCACUAGUACAAGUGAACAUUAUGGUGACUGCUUCGAUGAGGCUGUAGACUUUACUCUGGAGGACCUUGUUCUGCCUAUUUCCAACUGUAUGAAGAAUGCUGGUAAAACGUAUUGCCAGAAUUUUCAAACAAAACCUGAAGCUUAUUCAGUAUCCACAACUUCGAAUACAACUGUGGAAGAAAAUGUUUAUCUUAAGGAGAAGCUGGAUGCCCUUCGUGAGCAAAAUGCGUAUUUGGCUUCUCAGAACCACUACCUAAAGCACAGAGUGGAAACAAUGAACUUCGAAUUGACACAGUCAAAAAGAAGAAUUUCUUAUCUUGAAUUGACUUUAGAUACACAUUCAGUCAGCAUUCCGAAGUUAAAAGAACAGAUUGUAAACCUGGAAGCAGAAGUUUCAGCUCAGGAUAAAAUUCUGAGAGAUGCAGAAGAUAAACUAGAUCAAAGCCAGAAAACAGGAAUGGAAAGAGAAAGCAUGUUGCAAAGAUAUAAAAAGGACUAUAAAAAUCUGAAAAUGGAGUUAAUUGAACAAUGCAAGCAAAGAAAGAGAGCAGAACAGCAAAGAAAUGCAGCUUUGUUGAAUGCGGAAGAGCUGACAAGGGCUUUCAAAAAGUAUAAAGAGAAAAUAACUGAAAAGUUAGAAAAGGUUAAAGCUGAAGAAGUAGUCUUGGGAAAACGUUUAAUCAAUUUUGAAAAAGAAAAAGAGAAGCUGAAUGAAAAGUGUGUCAGCUACAGAAAGGAUCUAGAUAUCCUAGAAGAGCAAUUAAGGCAACUAAAGGAAGAGAAUCUUAGUACAAAAGAGAAAAUUAAGACUCUGGAAGCCAAGAACACUGAAAUGGUAUCAAUGCUGACUCGGUCUGAUCAGAAGAUCAUUGAACUUGAGAGUGAACUUAGUGAAAAAGAAAUGGUAAUCAAAGAGAAAAAUGCUCUAAUAAGUGAAAAUGCAGAGCUGAGAGCACUUACAGCACAACAACACAAUCGCUUAAAAUUGUGCCAUCAAGAAAUCGAAGAUUCAAGGAAAGAGCUCAACAUACUAGAAACCAUUAUUUCCCAGUUGUCUCUAAGUACAUCCGGAGAGUAUAAAUGGCAUCACUUCAAAGACCAGCUCUCCAGUUCCUCAACGAAAGCAGCGCUCUCUGAAUCUUGUUGUGAAUCAAAUGUACCUUUGAUUGCAGAUCUAAGCGUUAAACUGGCAGCGAAAGAAGCAGAAAUUCAAAAGCCUUGUACAAACUUAACUGUCUGCAAUGGAGCUGAGCAUCUUUCUAAUGAUAGCGAAGGACAAGAUAGUAUGUUAUAUGGCCUGGAAAGAGAGCCUGUGAAAUUGAUGAGAAGUCAAGGAGAGAGAAGAAAGUGUCAGCAGUUGGAAUUUAUCAGCAAUCAAUUUCAAAAGGAGAGGGGAAGAUUCCAGGAAGAGAUAGAAAAGUUACGCACUAAACUGACAAAAGCGGAUGACGAGAAUUCUUCUUUGAAGACCAGCAUGGCUCAGAGGGCCAGUCAGUUUCAAAUCAUACAGGAAGACCUAUUGAAGAAGGCUUCAAAAACUAGAAGCUUAGAGAGAGAAAUAACAAAGAAAUCUUCUCAACUUUCUGCACUUGAGAAACAUUUGGAAGAAAAGACUAUUGCUUAUUCUGCUGCUGCAGCAAGAUGUACUGAGUUGGAACAGGAACUCAUGGGGAAAAACAGACGCAUUCAUGAGUUGGAAACAACUAUCGGGGAUGAACACGAGCAAAUAAUUUCUGCUUUUGAAAAAGAAAAGUUGGUUCACCUUCAGCAGCACAAAGAGAUGGAGAAACAGAUUGAACUGCUUCAGGCACAGCUAGAGAAGAAACACCAACAAAUCAUUGAACAAGAGACAGCAAUAUCAGUGCUACAGCAAGAUGUUAUACAUAAACAGCAUCACAUUAAAUCAUUGGAUAGACUGCUGAAGGAAAGCAGAGAGGAAAUGGAAAAUCAAAAUGUUAGGAAAGAUCAAGGAUUGAAGAUGCUGAAAAGUCAGUUAACAGAAGAAACAAUCAAAGUGAGACAACUUGAGUCAGCACUAGACAUACGUAAGGAAGAAGUUACCCUGUGUUUGAGUCAGUUACAAGAAAAGGAUAUAUUUGAAAACCAGCUCAAAAAAAAGUCUGAAGAGGUUCAUUAUUUAAAGAAAGAAAUAAAACUAAAAGAUCAGAAUAUUCAGGACACAAGUGAACAAAAUAUUCUCCUGCAGCAAACUUUGCAUCAUCAGCAGCAAAUGUUACAGCAAGAAACUAUUAGAAAUGGGGAGCUGGAAGAUAAUCAAAUUAAACUUGAAAACCAGGUAUCCAGUUUGGAACAAGAGCUUCAGAAGCAGAAAGCAUAUGCAGAGGAUGAGUUGAGAAAGGUAAAGGAGGAACUUUGCCUAGCUGCUCAGGAAGCAGAUUUAAACAGACAGAAGGUGGAUGAACUUAAUAGUACAAUCAGACAAAUUAAAUUGGAAUUGAAUCAGUGCAAGAAUGAACUUCUUGGUAUGGAAAAAGAAGUAGUGCAGUUAAAACGAGAUGGUGAAGACAAAGCAAUGCACAUAAAUCAGUUGGAUAUUACUUUGGAAGAAGCACGAUCAGAGCUCAAUGAAAAGACAAAUGAAGUGAAUGAUUUACAAGAUAAGCUGCUUCAAAGUGAGACUUGCCACAGGGAAGCCUUACAGAAAAUAGUAGAACUAGAAUCUGCAUUACAGAAUGCCCAGUCCUCCCUGGAGAAGAAGCAUGUUGCUAUCAUGGAUCUAACAGCUGAGCUCAGGUAUUGCAAGGGAGAAAUUGAAGACAAAAAACAAGAACUCCUUGACAUGGACCAAGCAUUGAAAGAAAGGAAUUGGGAACUAAAACAAAGAGCAGCUCAGAUUACACAAUUGGAUAUGACCAUCACUGAACAUAGGGGACAAAUGGAACAAAAAAUAAUUCGAUUAGAGUGCAACUUAGAGAAGUCAGAGUUGAAAAUUAAGGAAUGCAAUAAACAGAUUGAGAGUUUAGAGAAGAAACUCCAGCAUUCUAAAAAUGAGCUUCGUGAAAAAGAGUUUGAAUUGCUCCAGAGAGAUCAAGAAAUAAAUCAGUUGAAGAAAAAAACCUGA